CAAACGGGCUGUAUCAGAGCACCAGCUAUUGCAUGACAAGGGCAAGUCAAUCCAAGACUUACGAAGAAGAAUAUUCCUUCAAAAUUUAAUUGAAGGUGUCAACACUGCAGAAAUCCGUGCAACUUCGGAGGUUUCACCUAACCCCAAGCCUGCUACCAACACGAAGAACUACCCUGUCCGAUUUGGCAGUGAAGAUGAGGGCAGAUACCUAACUCAGGAGACAAACAAAUCACAGACCUACAAGGAGCAGCCCCUGAAGGUAUCGGGGAAGAAAAAGAAAGCAAAGCCUGGAAAACGUAAGGAACAAGAGAAGAAGAAGAGACGAGCCCGCUCAGCUUGGCUAAAUUCUGGCAUGUACGGAAGCGACGUGACCGAAAGCCCACUCUUGGACAUCUCUGUUACUACACAGAACCACACUUUAAGGAGGCGCUGACAUUUUCAGCAAGAGCUUUUUGGAAGACAUAUUGCAGUAUUCUGUAAUAGUGAACAUAUGGGAAGUAUUAAAAUAUUUAUUACCUGUAAAUAUUGUAAAUGCUCAGAAUAAAACCUUUUCCCCCAUUGCUCUCUGAAACUGCACAUUUGGUUAUUGUGAAUUUUCCUUUUUUUUUUUUUUUUUUUUGGCUAAGGCUAAGACAAUUAUUAUUGUCACAUUUACCAUAAUUUAUUUUGUUGACUGGUGUAUUUAUUUUGUGAACGUAUCUUGGUGCUGCUGACUUUCUAUAUUUUUUGUAACAUAAUGCACUUUAGAUAUACAUAUUGAGUACAUUGAUAACUGACAUAAAAUGUUCCUGGUUUGUGGUUGACUUCAAUGAAUGCCUACAUCCAAUUGUCCAAACUGAUUUUCCUUUGUGCAUGUAUAAUAGCAGUAUUUUAAAAUUU